UCCAAACUGUGCAAAAUUGACACACACCAUAAAAAGCAUAGGUAUAGGUAGCUGAAGAUGGCAGCUCAAAAGACGCUAUUAUUGCUUUGUGUUGGGGUCUCCCUGGCACAAGAUUUCAUUACAUCUGAGCAGUUUAAUAAAAUUGAGCAAAGACUGAGAGCCGCAGAGGAAACACUGAAAGAGCUGAAGGUAGAGAAUGAAGCUCUAAGGAUUUUCACAAAAGCCUUGAGUGAAAAACAUGAAUCUAUGCAGGCUGAAAAUGAAGUCAAAAAGAUUGCCUUUUCAGCUGGAUUUUUGGCAUCUGGAUCACAACAGUUUGGUCCCUUUGAUGUUCGGAAAACGUUGGUGUACCAAAAAGUCUUCACUAACACUGGCAAUGCUUAUAACCCCGACACCGGUGUAUUCACAGCACCACUGAAUGGAGUCUAUUUCUUCAGAUUUUAUGCUCAUUCUCACGGUGGUAAACAAAUGGCAGUCAGUCUUUCUAAAAAUGAUCAGACCCAGUGCUCUGUAUUUAACGAGAAGCCUGCGUCCAAUGGUAAUGCCAGUAACGGUGUUGUUCUCUCACUGCAGAAGGGCGAUAAAGUGUACACUGAGCUGUGGAGCAAUAGCUGGGUUUUUGACAAUGAAAGCAGCUUCACUAGCUUCAGCGGUUUUCUGCUUUUCCCCUUGUGAGUGUCCACAGAAUCCAGAACUGGAUGAAAAAAAGAUGUUUAUGGCAUAGUGUUGUAAUGCUAAUACUUGUGAGAUAUUUUUUUCAAAGGAAGAGGACAUUGUAUGACCCUCAAAUAAUUUACCCAAAAAUGAAAGUUUACUGAGAACAUUAGGUCUCAGCAAUGGAUCCUCUGCGGUGAACGGGUGUUAUCAGAAUAUGAGUGAAUAAAAAUGACUUUUUUUAAAAAACCAAAAAACUUUAAACCGUUGCUAAACUGUACCUGAAUUUUCAUGACAGUAAACUUUGAGUCAAAUCCA